AUGUUGGUCAACCCUCGAACUGGCGUGUGGCACUUGGUUGAAGAUGAGAAGGUUGUGUGCGGCGUCGUGGCAGAUGGUUUGGAUGCCAUGGAGACAGUCCCUGAAAACACCCGCCAAUGUGAGAAGUGCAAGAAGCGCUCUGAGCGCGCUCUUACGGGUCAGGACUUAGACAGUGCGCAGCAAAUGUCGCCCUCCUUCGAGACCACAGGCAGCUCUGACACCGACAUUCCAGAAGAGCCGGACAUUCCCAUUCCCAUCAUGCGCAUGGAGUCGUCAGAAGUGCCGGUUCCCGUGGACGACGCCCUCAGCGUCAUGCACAUGGAGACGUCAGAAGUGCCGGUCAUUCCCAUUCCCAUGUCGUCAAAGCCCCAGUAUGUCAAGUGCACAGAGCAAGUCAACUACAAGGCGGUGGUGAAUGCUCUCAGUCGCGAUGCAGUACGACAGACUCCUUUGUUUGACCAGCUCGUGAGCCUGGCGCAGCGCACGUGUGAUGUGCAGCCGACCUCUGGCGCAGGCAAGCUCGACUUUGACUUGUGGGAAGGUCCUGCUCCGCCCGGCUACAGGGGACAUCUUCACAGCGGCAAGCUGCAGAGGGAUGAGCCUGCUGCAAAGAGAGCCCGCAAAGAGAGCGUCUUGUUUGAUGGCAUGGGAACGGCCUUCAUGCACGAAGUUGUGCGCUUGAUUGCCCGCAGCGGGUUGCCUCGCAGCACAAUCGGCGUUAAGAACGGCCACUUCUCCUUGCUGAAGAUGGUCGUUGGCAAGGUGUUGGAGAUGACUGUGCCGCCGUCGUUGAGCAAAUUAGCCGAAGAUUUCAACGCUUGUGUGCGCAUGGUCGCGUCCGACCUAGGCUUGGAUGCGCAGACGGCCGCGCUAUUCUUCGUGGAUGUGGCGAAGGGAGCGUGCCCUACGAGUUGGCUCGAGAAGAAGCUCUCCAAGAUUCCGUCCGCCUGCCAGACCUUGAAAUUCGCGGAGGACCUUCGCCAGGAGCUUGUGGCAGUCAGAACCGCUGCUUUCAAAACGCACCCGCGGAAGGUUCAGCAGUGGUUGGUGGACCACAGCAACAUGCCCAUGGCGCAUGCGCUGAACUACCUGCAUCGACUUGCUGAGGCCGAUUUGAUGCACAAGGUUACCCAGCUUCUCCAAGAUGUCAGGGCGACCACCUUUGGCCAAGACAGUCUGGAUUUAGCUUGCCCGCAGCGCGAUGCCCAGGCACAUGUGGACAGGAUCAACGGCUUGCUUGCCGGCGACAUCACUUUCCAGAUGGUGCCAGCAACGGACCCAUGGGUUUUGGCGGCAAAUGUGUGGCCACACCUCGAUUGGCAGCAAGAGUCUCCUAUGAAAUGGAGGGACUUUGCGAAGCUGAAGGCUGAGUGCAGGGACUUCGCGACGGCCGGAAAAGCGCCCCAGAACAAUGGCGCAUUCAGCAGGUAUGUGGCGGCAGUCCUUGCUGGGCGGUGCUAUGUGGAUUUGGAUGGCAGCUCAGAUUCAUGCGAAGUCUUCAACUCCACCACCGGCGCAUGGAAGGUCAUCCCGCGCAAGGCGCUCCCGUCCAAGAUCCUGGAUGUGCUCAAGUCACUGGCGCUACCGGGCCUACCGCUUUUGCACCCGCUUGAGCCGCGGUUUGCCAAGUCCUUGGUUGACGGAGUCCUGAGCCGUCUUUCGGAAGGCCCGCGCAUGAGCAAACUUGAUGGCGAGCACGCGAGGGACAAGAUGCUCUUCCGCAAUGGCAUGGUCUGGGAUUUCACGGCCAACCGCAGCUACCGAGCCUUGCCACAACACAGGCUAAUGGCAAAGACUGCAUGCGACUUCGCGCCAUGGGUGGCCCCAGAUCACCUGCCAGACGUUUUUGCCAUGAUUUGCAGAUGGAUCGUGGAUCGGGAAACUGCCAAGUUGGGCCUUGAAAACAGUGACUUGGGCCGCGAGAUCAUCAAGACCCUGGAAGACUUGUGCGAGGCUGGCUGCGAACUUCUGGUGCGCGUGAAGGGCAUCUUGCGCGACUGGAGCAGGGUUGUUUUCUUGGGCCGCAACUGGGCCAUGACCGCAUCGCCCAUCUUCGCAGUCCAGGGCAUCAACUAUCUCUUCGGCGCAAGUGGGGCUGGCAAGGAUGUUCUGCUGGCGCUGCUGUACAAGAUGCUGGGAGGCCAGCCUGAUGAAUAUGCCUUCACCAUUUCAGGCCACCACUGCGUCGGCAACGCCAAGGGCAUUGGAGAGGUGGAGCACGCUUGUUGCAACAAGCGCAUGGUUGUGUUUUCGGAGGUCCCCCAGCACAGCCGUCUCCGCAGCAGUAUGUUGAAACAACUCUGCGAGCACCAGGGCAUGCCGGCUGCCUCCCGAAGAUCUCACCAAGCAAUGGCGAACUGGGGAAGUCAAGUCUCGGUGUGGUUGUCUUCCAACUUUAUGCCGCGGUUUGAGGACGAUGCCCUGGCGUCUAAGAUGAACAUUUUCGUGCUGGACGGCAUCUUUGCAGCGGAGCCGAUUGGCUACCAGGAAGCCAGCAAUGAUCUGAAAGGCAGAGUGGAUCGCGGGGAGUUCCAUGGGCAAAUGCAGUGGUGGAUCUUGGGAUUGGCCCGUACCCUCCAGCCAGCCAUCAACCCCGGAUGCCUGAUGCUUCCCAGGCCUCCUCAAAUGCGCGAAGUCUUGGUCAAAAUGCAGCAGGAGCUCAAUCAGCGAAUGGCGCGCUUCAAGGUGUUCCUUGACCAGCAUUGCUUGCAAGUGGCCCGUGGCCAAGCAACCAACGUCAUCGAGUUCAAGGAGUUGGCCGCAGCUUUUCUUCAGUGCUUGAGCGAGGAGGUCGUGCCACUCAUGGCGCGUUUGGGAUUGAAGAGCGAGAGCAGGGGAGCCUGUGCAACAGACGUCGCAAAGGGCAAGAUCGUGAUGAUGAAGCUGAGUGAUGGCCAAGCCUCAGCCCUGCAGGUUCGCAGCGAGACGGCUCUAGCUUUGGCCGCGAAGAAGAAGAUUUCCUCUUCCUCCUCAGAUGACAAGGACAACACGAAUGAUGAAGACAAUGAGCUGCCCAUGAAAUGCAAGCUUUUCACAAGCCUGUAG